CGUCAAGGAAGGCGGUGGGACUGGGGACGUGUUGGGCAUGCGCAGUAGAUCGACUUCGCCGACCCUGGCCCCGCCCGCGGUAAAGGACCUGCCCGCGCGGGUGGGAUUUUCAGUUCUGUGGCAGAGGGCGGGCGCCUAGCGGCUUUCUUGGCAGCGGGCAGGAAACUGGCAGGAGUUCCUGAGCCUGAACGUGCAGCGGAAGUAGAAGAACGUAUGUAUGUGUGAGAGAGACCUCUGCCUCAUUUAACAAAUUACGAUACUAUGCUCAGGAAACGGUGUAGGGGUUGAGGCCCUUCUUCAAGUCUCUGGAGCCCAGAGAUGCAGCCCAGGGGAGGGAAAUGUGACUAGUUGAGGAGGCCAUGCUUACUGUUGCUGCGAGAUCCCAUGUCAGCACCAAGUCCUCAGCUGCUGGUGGCAGCUGCUCAGCAGACCCUGGGCAUGGGAAAGAGACGAGGCCCACCCCGAGCGGUCUGCCUUCAUCUAGCCGGAGAGGUGCUGGCUGUGGCCAGGGGACUGAAGCCAGCUCUGCUCUAUGAUUGCAACUGUGCAGGGGCAGCAGAGCUCCAGAGCUAUCUGGAGGAGCUGCAGGGUCUGGGCUUCCCGACCCAGGGACUUCACAUCCUUGAGAUUGGACAAAACAGCCUGAUUGUCCUUCCUGAGCAUGUGUGUCGGCACUUGGAGCGGGUGCUGCUUGGUACCAUAGUCUUUGUGGACGUUUCCAGCUCUCAACUUCACCCUUCCGUCUGCUCCCUGGACCAGCUUCAGGACUUGAAGGCCCUCGUGGCUGAGAUCAUCACACAUUUGCAGGGGCCACGGAGGAACCGAUCCCUGGCAGUCUCCUGCAGCAGGCUCCGUUCCUCAGACUGGAAUCUCUGUACUGUGUUUGGGGUGCUCCUGGGCUAUCCUGUCCCCUAUACUUUUCACAUGAACCAGGGAGAUGGCAACUGCUUAGCCCAGACUCCACUACGGGUGUUCACUGCCCGGAUCUCAUGGCUACGUGGUCAACCACCAGUCUUGCUCUAUUCCUUUAGUGUCCCAGAGAGCUUGUUCCCAUCCUUGAGGAACAUUCUAAACACUUGGGAGAAGGACCUUAGAACUCGAUGUAGGACUCAGAAUGACUUCGCUGACCUCAGCAUCUCCUCUGAGAUAGUCACACUGCCGGCUGUGGCCCUCUGACUUUAACUCUUUUCCUGUGUAGAAGGAGCUCCGUAAAUGAUCAGCUCUAGGUCAGAGAUGGCAAACAGGAAUCAUCUCAAGUGCCAAUUCCAAGCAUCUCAAAGACACUCGGGAAGAAUACUGUAAUAAAUUUGCCAUUUUUAUGCUGAACUGGACUAGGGAGAGUAGACCAGGAUGCUUCAGGAAUAAACAGAGUCCUUUGGAACAGA